AAUUUAGCUUCCCGGCACGCGAAAAAUGAAUGGGCGCCAUCGUGCGCGUGGCAUCUUGGGAAAUGUAGUUUACAGGCUAAAUGACAAGCAAGGUCCAAGAAGGGAGGGGCGGGGAAGCAAAGGAUCUUGUCCUCGGAAUAAAAAGAACAAAGAAUCGCUGACAGCUUGCGCGUCGCGGCGCUGCAGCCACGCAGCGCGUGGAUUUAGCCGCUUUGGACGUGCCCGUUGCAUGCCGGGAAAUGCAGUUCGCGAGCCCCAGUUACGUCGACACCAGACGACGGGACUCACGUUGUACGUUGAGAUCAGGUCCCGCACGCCGGAGCCUGGGCGAUCCACGAUGCCGAGUUUGCCACGCUGCCACAGCCCAUAGGCUUGCCCACCGGACAUUCGGGUGGACUAGGAGCACAAACUGGAGCCCUACGACUUGUCGCCCGUUUGCGCUCUCGCGGAGGCACAGGCUGGUCGAGGACCACCCUGAUCCAAAAACUAAGAGGUAGGUGAUCGCCCAGUCAUCUGGUUACUGAUACUGGGAGGCACCAGCUGACUGUCCACAGGUCCUUGGGCAACUGGUGUAUGAAAUGGGACGGACGUCGAAGGACAAGCGGGACGUCUACUACCGCCUGGCCAAGGAGAAUGGCUGGCGUGCCCGCAGCGCCUUCAAACUGCUACAACUGGACAAGGAAUUCCAUCUCUUUCAAGGCGUGACACGGGCAGUUGACUUGUGCGCAGCCCCGGGCAGCUGGAGCCAAGUGCUGAGCCAGAAGAUUGGAGGCCAAGGGUCCGGCCACGUGGUGGCUGUGGACCUGCAGGCUAUGGCUCCACUACCAGGUGUAGUACAGAUCCAGGGCGACAUCACUCAGCUGUCCACUGCCAAGGAGAUCAUCCAGCACUUCAAGGGCUGCCCUGCGGACCUAGUGGUGUGUGAUGGGGCUCCUGAUGUAACCGGUCUCCAUGAUGUUGACGAGUAUAUGCAGGCGCAGCUCCUCCUAGCUGCUUUGAACAUUGCUACACAUGUCCUGAAGCCAGGGGGCUGCUUUGUGGCCAAGAUAUUCCGAGGCCGGGAUGUGACGCUCCUCUAUAGCCAGCUGCGGGUCUUCUUCUCCAGCGUGCUGUGCGCCAAGCCCAGGAGCAGCCGGAACUCCAGCAUCGAGGCCUUCGCUGUCUGUCAGGGCUAUGACCCUCCCGAGGGCUUCAUGCCGGACCUGAGCAAACCCCUGCUGGACCACUCUUACGACUCAGAUUUCAACCAGCUGGAUGGUCCCACUCGCAUCAUUGUGCCUUUUGUGACCUGUGGGGACCUGAGCUCCUAUGACUCGGACCGCAGUUACCCACUGGACCUAGAGGACGGCUCAGAGUACAAGUAUACUCCACCUACACAGCCCCCCAUCUCACCACCAUACCAGGAGGCCUGCACGUUGAAGAAGAAGGGGCAGCUGGCCAAGGAGAUCCGCCCCCAGGACUGCCCCAGCAGCAGAGUGGACACAUUUCCCCAGUCCCUGGCCGCCCCUCAGUGCCACACCCUGCUGGCCCCUGAGGUCUGGAAAUGUGACUCUGAGCCUACAUUGACCCCUUCCCCAUUUGCCUCUCUCUGACCCAAACCUCAUGGUUUCUGGGGCCAAAAUUCUCUUUCCUGCCUCCCAAUAGCUAUAAAAAAUUGGUAAAACCAAGCAUAAUGAAUGGAAAAGUUUCACCAAACA